AUGGCCAAUGGGUCAGAAAUAAAGUUUUUAUUUGAACUGAAGAUGGAGGCCAAAGGACUGAGUUUCAAGCGAAGUGCUUUACAGCCCAUCAUCCAAGAAGGAGGAGAAAUCAGAAGUUAUGAGUGUUCACUGGUUUACGAAUCCAAGGUGGAGAGGAAAACAGACAGUAAAUUAACUGGACAUAGUAUGAAGCUACUUAAGAUUAACAGGCUGGAAGAGAUCAAUACACGAUACAACAGCAACAGACUGGAAAAAACAGCCUUUUUUCAGAGCAUGGAAAAAAUGGAGAGGACUAGAAACUUUCAGGAAGACAAAUUCAGUGAAUCAGAACCUGGAACAGAAGAUGAAAAGCAUGUCUGGAAUCAUGCUGACUUAAGGAAGAGGAGUGUUAUGAAGAGUAGUCAGACCUCCAGCUUGAGAAUUUCAGUUCCUACUCCACCAGCACCAUUUGAUCACCGGAUUGUCUCAGCCAAAAGGGUGGGGAUCAGCAGUUAUUAUAAUGUCAGCGAGAAUGAAAUCCUGGGAGGAGGUCGAUUUGGUCAAGUGCACAAAUGUGAAGAGAAAGCAACAGGUCUCAAGCUAGCAGCCAAAAUUAUAAAAGCGAAAGGUCCUAAACAGAAGGAUGAAGUGAAGAAUGAAAUCAAUGUCAUGAACCAGCUGAAUCACGUGAACCUCAUCCAGCUGUAUGAUGCCUUUGAAUCAAAAAAUGACAUUGUACUAGUCAUGGAAUAUGUGGAAGGAGGAGAGUUAUUUGACCGAAUUAUUGAUGAAAACUGCAAUUUGACAGAGAUGGAUACUAUCUUGUUCAUAAAACAGAUCUGCGAGGGAAUUCAGUACAUGCACCAAAUGUACAUUCUUCAUUUGGAUCUCAAGCCUGAGAAUAUCCUGUGUGUGAACCGAGCAGCAAAUCAAAUAAAAAUUAUUGAUUUUGGAUUGGCAAGAAGAUAUAAACCCAGGGAAAAACUUCGAGUUAACUUUGGGACUCCAGAAUUUCUUGCUCCUGAAGUUGUGAAUUAUGAGUUUGUCUCCUUUCCUACAGACAUGUGGAGUGUAGGAGUCAUUGCUUAUAUGCUCCUCAGUGGAUUGUCUCCUUUUUUGGGUGAUAAUGACAAUGAGACCCUCAACAAUAUCCUGUCCUGUAGCUGGGAUUUUGAAGAUGAGGAAUUUCGAGAUGUUUCUGAUCAGGCCAAAGAUUUCAUCUCAAAGCUUCUCAUCAAAGAAAAAUGCUGGAGAAUAAGUGCAACUGCUGCCUUAAAACACCCAUGGUUAUCAGACCACAAGCUCCACUGCAGACUCCAGGUCCCUAAAUUUAAAUAUCCUUUUGCAUUAAGAAGGCUAAAGGUGUGUCCCAAGAACCCCCAGCUCAAUAACCUCUCUGAAAGAGCUGCCAAACAGAAGAAAAGCUGCUGUGUGGUUACUGCUGCUAAGAUAUUUGAAAAUAUCAGCAGUCUUGGUGCUUUACCCCCCUGCCGUGACCGAGACUUCUACUAA